UCGAUGCAAACCAUCUCUCUACGCAGGGUACCGAAUGUGCAUGUUUCGUUCCUGAGUGAUGACGUUUCACUCUUGCCCCCAUGCUGUUUCACCAUGUCUCUCCUCCCUCUCCAGUCUGUGUCUGCCUUUCUGUCCACGAUAACGAACACCGGCAAGGAGGAGGGACUUGGUCGUGGGCUACGUGCAAAACUGAAACAGAAGGGUAAUUCACGUUGAGUGCCGAAAUCCAAACAUAUCUUUAGAAAGCAGUGACAGGUAGAACUACGUGCGAGCUGCGACCAGAAUCAUUCUUAAAAAAAAGUCUUAUAUUUAAAUUUCUAUCCGCAUAUCAUCUUCCGUUCUGCUGAAAUUUAAAAACAUUACACCGUCCCGGUGCAUAGGCAGUAUUCAAAAGGUUAUUAAGAAGAAAACGAUUUUCUGUACUGGUGUACUGGUGUUGUUUGUGGAAAGGACAGGACGUGGAAGCAUUGCAGAUUAUAUUGAUGUGUUGCUGUGUUUGAUGUCAGAAAAAAAGACCCCAAUAUCAUCUCAAAUAGUUUGAAGCUGCGUUUUUACUAAUGACUAUCCAUGAGCUCAGAUUUCCAGCACUACAGUUUCAGGAUGCCUAACAUCGGGUUCCAGAACUUGCCCCUCAACAUCUACAUUGUUGUCUUUGGAACAGCCGUAUUCGUCUUCAUUCUCAGCCUACUCUUCUGCUGUUACCUGAUCAGGUUACGACAUCAGGCACACAAGGAACUGUAUGCCUACAAACAGGUUAUUCAAAAGGAAAAAGUAAAAGAGCUUAAUCUACAUGAGAUAUGUGCAGUUUGUUUGGAGGAGUUUAAGCAGAAAGACGAGCUGGGAAUAUGUCCCUGUAAACAUGCCUUCCAUAGAAAGUGCCUCAUUAAGUGGCUGGAGGUGCGGAAGGUGUGUCCUCUGUGCAACAUGCCUGUUCUUCAGCUGGCACAGCAACACAGUGCCCAGGCUGGACCCCCACAGCAUCAGAGUGCCCAGGAAGCUGGACCUCCACAGCAGCCUCUGCCAGGGGUGGAGAACAUGGUGUAGCACCCACUGCUGACACUGCCUUACUUAACAACAACAACAAACAUAUAGAAAUAUAGAAAGAAGAACUGGUUUAUCUAUGCAGACUUCCAAAAUGUGUGAAUCUGCUGCUUUCUCCUGCCUCUCGUGGAUUUCCUUCGCUUUUCUGCUCUUGACGACAAUGUUGGGGGGCAGCAUGGACAUUCUGACUGUUUCACAACCAAAGCACAUUUCUUGGGAAACCAGCACAACAAAUACUUUUUUUUUUUUUUUUUUUUUUUUUUUAAGAAGAAAAAU